GUUGGUGCAAAUGAAAUGGCCGUUUUUCUUAUUUUAAACUUCUCACCUUUGUAGUUCACCUUUCUUCCGCGCCGACAGCGCUGUAUGUAUACUAUAUCAAAAGUACAUUUCCCGCGCGUGAAUUUGUAUACAUAAUCUGACUUUUUUAGUAGGAUAGUGGUUGUUGAAAUUCAUGUUUAUGUCAAGAUGGAAAAUAAGGUAAUUCGAAUAAUUUCUUUGUACGAGUUCAAACUCGGUCAUAGUGCGGCCCUGGCAACGCGAAAUAUUAAUACGGCUUUCGGCGAAGGUUCCGCGAAUGAAAGAAGAACGAGGCGUUGGUUUGAAAAGUUUCGAUCUGGAGACGCAAACCUUGACAAUUUGCCUCGUGGACAUGCACCUUUCGUCAUUGAUGACACUAUUUUAAAGGACAUGAUCGAAGUGGAUCCGACAUUAACAGUUCGAGAGGUUGCAGAAAGGCUCAAUGUUCAUCACUCAACUGUCGUCAGACAUUUACGAAGGCUGGGAAAAGUGAAGAAAUUGGAUAAAUGGGUUCCCCAUGAAUUGACGGAGAGAGACAAAAUAAGACGUUUAGAAACCUGCAUUUCUUUGCUUUCCCGGCAUAAUAAUGAUGGAAUAUUGCACAGAAUUGUGACGUGCGAUGAAAAAUGGAUAUUAUAUGAUAACCGUCGACGAUCUGCACAGUGGCUGAAUGUGAAUGAGCCUCCAAAACGUAUGCCAAAGCCGAACCUUCAUCCCAAAAAGAUUAUGGUUUCAGUAUGGUGGUCAAGUAAGGGAAUCGUGCAUUAUUCAUUUAACAAACAAGGUGAGGCUAUAAACGCUGAUAAAUACUGUCAGGAAAUUGACGUUACGUAUGCAAACCUGUGCGCUCAACAGCCGGCAUUGGUCAAUAGACAUGGUGUAUUGUUACUUCACGAUAAUGCUAGGCCACACGUUGCAAAAAAGACCAUAAAAAAAUUAUCCAAGUUAAACAUCGAAGUUCUCCCUCAUCCUCCUUAUUCUCCAGAUAUUUCACCGACUGAUUAUCAUUUGUUCAAACAUUUGGAUGGGUUUCUAACUGGAAAAGUUUUCCAAGAAGAAAAGCGUGUAAAGGAUGCAUUCCAUGAGUUCAUCGGCUCUCGUUCUUCAGAUUUUUUUAAACAUGGUAUUGAUACACUUGUAUCGCGUUGGAACAAAUGCAUUGAAAUAGAUGGAGACUAUUUUGAUUAAUAUAGUAAGUGUUAAGUUUGCCAAAUAAAGCUUU